CACGCAAAUCCUCCAAAUCCAAAACUUCACAAACGUCGCAAUCUGAACUUGAAUCCCAAAUGGCACAUACGCCGGCCGCCGCUCCGCUGCUGACCAUCCGAUCCAGCCAUGUUGAGAUUGUGGCCUCGUUCCCCGCGUUUAUUGCGCUGGUCUUGUGUAUUGGCAUUUCGUAUGUCGCGCACUUUGAAGAGGCGACGCGGACGCACUGCAACGUCCCAAACAUACUGCCGAGCGUAAGCUCGAGCAUUGGUGGAUUUUUGCCGGAAAAGUGCAUUUGGCAGUUUGCGAUGGCGAUUGUCUGCGCUCCUCGAGUAUUGCAAUCAGUGUUGAUUUACAAGUAUUACCAGUCCCGGCCCAUGCUUCAAAAUAGCUUAUUUCGGGUUUGUAACCUCCUAAAGUUCCUGCUUGCGAACGCCGAAUUGUUCUUUCUCCUCCUCCUCUCAUUCGUGACGUCGACCGAAAACUACCCGGUGCACGAAGUGGGCUUUGUGGGAUUUAUCAUCUUUUCCGUGCUACACAUGACAAUCCAGCUAGUGUUGCAAUACCCGUUGGCACGCGUGAACGCCAAGGCGAACUCGGCCUUUUCGUUCAAACUGAAACUGGUUUGUUUGGUCGGCCACGCGGCCUCUUUCGCUGCCGCCAUGUAUUGCUUCUUCCGGCACAACGACUACUGCGAGCCCUACAUGUACAGCCAGUUUGCCUUCUUCGAGUACGUCACCAUUGUUUUCAACAUUAUCAGUCACGCAAGCGCGUUGCUCGAGAUUGGCGAUACGUUCAUCGUCUUUGGCGUCCUGGACAGUGCCAAGCAUUUGUGAUGCGCGUUCACGAUUCACUCGUUUCGUUCCCUUGUAUAUUAGCACAUAAACUAUCGAUUUAAUGAAGCAGA